CUCUCUCCCCCUCUGUUGCAGAGAAAGGUGCGACUACACAAAGCCCUGAUUGAGGGCAGUAUGAGAAAGAAAGUCAUUUGAGCAGUGAAGAAUGAGGCAGUGAGUCUAAACUGGCAGCAGAGAAACGGAGGAGGAUUUCUACAUUUGUCAUUUGUUUGUUAGAUUGACAAAAAAAACAUUCUGACCAGAUAACUGUACAGCUGUGUAAAAACUGAAAGAGAAAGUUUGAAGUAACAGGACACGGUGAGUAGAAGGUAAAAAGAGGGCCAGACGACAAACAGAGCCAAAGGAAAUCCAGGAAAGAAGAGAAAGAAACUGAUACUCACUGUGAAUACAAUUGCAAGUAAGAUGGAAGUCUACACUGUAACAGUAGCAACGGGUACAUCAGAGUACUCAGGCACCAACAACUACAUCUAUGUGACCCUGGUGGGAGAGAAAGGUGAGAGUGAACGCACCCUGCUGGACAACCCUGGACUGGACUUCUGCCGAGGAGCAGUGGAUCAGUACAAGGUGACCAGCCCGUCACCAUUAGGCUCCCUGCUCCUGGUCAGACUUGAGAAACAGAGGUACUGGGUGGAAGAUAACUGGUUCUGUCGUUACAUCACAGUCGAGCCUCCAGGAGAAGACAAAGUAAUGACUUUCCCUUGUUAUCGCUGGCUUAUAGGAGACAUCAAGGUGGAGAUAAGAGAGGGAACAGCAAAGACACUGAGGGCGGACUCCUUAACUCAGCUGCUGGCACACAGGAAGUCAGAGCUGCAGGAGAGACAAACGACUUACAGAUGGCUAACAUGGGCUCCAGGGAUUCCCAGAUGCAUUGAUGCUAAAACAGAAGCAGAUUUACCCCAAGAUGCCCGCUUUGAAAAUGAAAAGAGGAGCGACUUUGAACAUUCCUUACAAUAUGCCUUGCUGGAGUUGUCUCUGAAGAAGUUGGCCAUCAGGUUUGGGAAGACCUGGAAUGACCUGGAAGAUUUCAAACGGAUCUUCUGGAAGCUGCGAAGCCCCAUAGCUGAGUUUUGUAUGGAGCAUUGGAAGGAAGACUGGUUCUUUGGCUACCAGUGUAUGAAUGGCUCUAACCCAAGGAUGAUCCAGAGGUGCAAGAAACUGCCAGAUAACUUUCCUGUCACCGCAGACAUGGUGCAGAACUCCAUGGCUGCCAGAACCAACUUGGACAAAGAACUCAAGGCAGGAAAUAUCUACUUGCUAGACUAUGCCAUCAUUGAUGGUGUUCCCACCAACACCAUCAGGGGUAAACCUCAGUACAUUGCUGCUCCACUCUGUCUGCUGUACCAACACCCAGAUGGACUUAUACCUAUCGCUAUUCAGCUAGAGCAGACUCCAGGCCUGGACGCACCCAUAUUUCCAAGAGACCCCCCCCUGGCCUGGCUAUUGGCCAAGAUGUGGGUGCGUCACGCUGUCCAGGUGUUCCAGCUGCUGUCUCACCUGCUCAGGACUCACCUGGUCAUAGAGGUAUUUUGGGCUACUCUGAGACAGCUGCCUGCUGUCCACCCAAUAUAUAAGCUUCUGACUCCUCAUCUGCGCUACACUCUUGAGAUCAACUGUAGGGGGCGCACUCAGCUCAUCUCUGCUAAUGGCAUCUUCAAACGGGUUGUGUCUACAGGUGGUGAUGGCCUGUUGAUUCUGGCUCAGAGGGAGUACAAGGUGCUGACCUACCGCUCUCUCCAGCCCCACAACGACUUCUCUGACAGAGGAGUCUCCCAGCUUCCAAAAUAUUUCUACAGAGAACACAGCCUGAUGCUGUGGGAGGCCAUACACAGUUUUGUCUCAGAUAUGGUAAGCCUGUAUUACCAGUCAGACCAGGAUGUGCAGGAGGACCUGGAGCUCCAAGCCUGGUUCAGAGACAUAUCACAGGAAGGCUUCACAGAGCUCCCCAGCUUUGGUCUGCCCAGUAAGCUCAGAACCAAAGAGGAACUGUCCACCCUGCUGACAGUGGCCAUCUUCACCAGUACAGUCCAGCAUGCUGCUACUAACAAUGGACAGUUUGACUGGUGUGCCUGGGUCCCCAACACCCCCUGCACCAUGAGACAACCCCCACCGACAGACAAAGAUGCUGUUACAAUGGAGAUGAUUAUGGCCACACUUCCUGAUGUCAGCCAGUCCUGUGUGCAGAUGGCUAUCACGUGGCAUCUGGGGCGAGCACAGCCAGAUGCAAUUCCUUUGGGCCAAUACACAGAGGAGCACUUCACUGAGGGACGGGCCCUGGAGCUGAUUGACAAGUUCAGAAAAGAGCUGAAAGAGAUCGAGGAACACAUCCUAAAACAGAAUGAAGGACUGGAGCUUCAGUACCUUUUCCUCCUGCCCAGCCGGAUUGAAAACAGCAUCACCAUAUAGAAAGAGUUCACUCCAUGCAGGAUUCACUCUGUGCUGAGAUGCUUAUGUUACUCAAUGCUGUAGAACAUCUAGUUAUAUUAGUUAGUAAUAUUCUGCAAGUCUUUAAUUAGACAGUUUCUAAUUUGAAAAGACAAUAAAUGAACUGUCCACCACAAGCAGACACGUUGAGAUCAUAGCCAGCGUCUUUGAAAAAAGUUUAACUUGUUGUGUAAUCUAUAUAUGUUCAAGCUUUAUUUAAUGGUUUUAAUGUCUACCAAACAUGAAAUAUAUACGUUUGAGUGAAA